AAUGAAAAUGAAAAUGAAAAUGGUUUUGUGACCGCAAGGACCCUAUCCGACCCAAUAACAGGGCGAAUUCAACACAGAACCCAACUGAGAGUGAAAGAGAGACAUGGCUUCUUCACUGUCCUCCGUCAUCAACCAACCUCACAUAGCUCAGCGCUUCAAACUUCAUCGCCCAUCUUCUUUUGCCACUUUCACAAUCUUCCACCAUAAACGCAAACACAAACACCAGUACAAUGUUUUUUCUCCACACCCAUAUACCUCAUCGCCACGCUCUCGCCCUCUCAAUCUCAUCAUCGCUUCCAGAACCUUCUCUCAUUCCACCACUCUCCGCCACCAUUUCAUCCCUCAAGCCACGCUCACUGCUUCCGAAGCUCAACCCCGCCUUGUGCCAGAUGCUGAAGUUCCUCCAACUGGUCGAAUAUAUCAUGAGACUUAUGGAUGUCAAAUGAACGUUAAUGAUAUGGAGAUCGUUCUUUCUAUAAUGAAAAAAGCCGGUUACAGUGAAAUUGUGAGUGUUCCCGAGAGUGCAGAAAUAAUAUUCAUCAAUACCUGUGCCAUUAGAGAAAACGCAGAACAGAAAGUAUGGCAGAGGCUUAAUUACUUUUGGUUUCUUAAGAGGCAUUGGAAGAGCAAUGUUGCCACUGGAAGAGCAGAGUCUCUGCGCCCUCCCAAAGUAGUGGUUUUGGGAUGUAUGGCUGAGAGGUUAAAGGAGAAGAUACUUGAUUCAGAUAAAAUGGUUGAUGUGGUAUGCGGGCCUGAUGCUUAUAGGGAUUUGCCGCGCUUACUUGAGGAGGUUGACUAUGGUCAGAAAGGGAUCAAUACUCUCCUUUCACUUGAGGAGACUUAUGCUGAUAUUAAUCCUGUUAGAAUCUCCAAGAACUCGGUUACUGCAUUUGUCUCAGUGAUGAGAGGUUGCAAUAAUAUGUGCUCGUUUUGUAUUGUUCCUUUCACCAGAGGCAGAGAGAGAUCACGUCCGGUGGAGUCCAUUGUGAGAGAGGUAGCGGAACUUUGGAAAGAGGGUGUUAAGGAGGUAACGCUUCUUGGCCAAAAUGUGAACAGCUACAACGAUGCAUCUGGGAGUGAGAUAGAGGUUGAAUCGGGGUCGAAUUGGCAACUUAGUGAAGGGUUUUCUAGUAUGGCUAAGGUAAAAAAAAUGGGCUUAAGAUUUUCUGAUCUACUGGAUCGAUUGUCCUCAGAAUUUCCUGAGAUGCGAUUCAGAUUCACUUCUCCACACCCUAAGGAUUUUCCAGAUGAGUUGCUUUAUCUAAUGCGAGACAGACAUAAUAUAUGCAAACUGAUACAUUUACCUGCACAAACUGGAAGUAGCAAAGUGCUGGAGAGAAUGAGAAGAGGAUAUACCCGAGAGGCUUACUUGGAACUUGUGCAAAAGAUCCGGAGUAUUAUUCCAGAUGUGGCUUUGAGCAGUGAUUUCAUUUGUGGAUUUUGUGGAGAAACAGAGGAGGAACACUCUGAGACGUUGACUCUGGUAAAUGCUGUUAGUUAUGAUAUGGCAUUCAUGUUUGCUUAUAGCAUGAGGGAGAAAACUCAUGCCCACAGAAAUUAUGUUGAUGAUGUUCCUGAGGAAAUUAAACAGAGGAGGCUGGCUGAACUAAUUGAGACUUUCCGCGAGAGCACAGGGAAGUGUUUUGACUCUCAGAUUGGAACCACACAGCUUGUGUUAGUGGAAGGACCCAAUAAAAGAGCUCCACAUACUGAGCUUAUGGGCAAGAGUGACAAGGGUCAUCGUGUGUUGUUUCUCAACAUGCCAAUCACAGAUAGAGAAGACGUUAAUACAAAGCGAAAUCCUGUGGUUGGUGAUUAUGUUGAAGUCCGCAUAACAAGAUCUACGAGGGCAUCACUCUUCGGUGAAGCACUUGCUAUAACUAAACUAACCUCAUUUUACGAUAAUCUGGAUAAAGAAGCUGUUGCAUGCAGCGUGUAGAACCUUCAAGCUUAAAUAGCAUGACAAUUUUUUUAUAUAGUUCUUCAUUAAUUGCUUUUUCCCUUGUUUCAUUCCUUACACAACAUGGCAACACAAUUCAUAGAAGACACUACAAGGGACUGAAUCAGCUGGAUCACGAUCAUGUAUUCUUUCUUCAUCCUCUCUUCACAUUAAAAGUUUCGAGUCUGCAUUAAAAUAUACACUAUGGAUUAUCCUACUUAUCAUGGCAGUUUGGCUCUGUUAUGUUUUGGAGCUCCAUUGGGAAAGUGAUUUAAGUGAAAA